AUGGAUUCGGAAAAGACAACACUGAGCGAGAACCACGCAGAGUACGAGGCGGAGAUCAUAGAGGUGCUAGGAGAGCUCCGCGAGGCGGUGUUCAGGCGGCAGCCGUCGGACAUCUACCAGUUCUGCGCAACAUACUUCAACGAGAAGCUGGCGGAGCAGCGCGAGGGCCUUCUGGAGCUGGCGUCAUCGCACGCGUGGAGCGAGGGCGUGCCAGCCGAGGCAGCAAACGGACUGCUGAAUCCGGACUUUAGCUUUGGGGCGGCGAUGGAGGAGGACGAGACCGAUGAGGCGCGCGACAAGUUCUCGCGCCUGGUGCAUCUGCCGCCGAACAGCGCCGUGCAGCCGUUUGCGGGGCGGCGGUUCAGCGUGUCGGCCGAGUCAAUGAACCCGACGACGGAGGCGGAGUUUGAGCGCAAGUUUGUGCCCAAGACCGAGUCGCAGAAGCAGCGGAUCCGGCAGGCGCUCAGCAACAACUUUUUGUUCAAGAACCUGGACGAGGACGCCUACAGGGACGUGGUGGAUGCCAUGGAGGAGAAGCAGGUGGCAGCCGGCCAGGACAUCAUCACGCAGGGCGGCGUCGGCGACUUUUUCUAUAUUGUCGAGCGCGGCUCGUUUGACAUUUUCGUCACAAAGGGCGACGAGCCGCCCAGCAAGGUGGCGACGGCCGGCGACGGCGGCAGCUUUGGCGAGCUGGCGCUGAUGUAUAACGCGCCGCGUGCGGCCACAGUCCAUGCCACCACCGCUGCCACGCUGUGGGCGCUGGACCGCAUCACGUUCCGCCGCCUGCUGAUGGAGCGCACGUCGCGCAAGCGCCGGCUGUACGAGCGGUUCCUGGAGACGGUUCCGCUGCUCAAGUCGCUGGAGCCGUACGAGCGGCAGAAGAUCGCCGAUGCGCUCGAGUCCAUUACCUUCAAUGACGGAGACGUGGUGGUGCGGCAGGGCGACAAGGGCGAUGCGUUCUAUUUGAUCGAGCAAGGAACCGUCCGUGUCAUCAAGGCCGACCAGGACGGCGUUGAGCGCGAGUACCCGUCGCUGGACCAGGGCGGAUAUUUCGGCGAGCUGGCGCUGCUCGACGACCAGCCGCGCCAGGCCACGCUGGUCGCCCAGGGCCGCACAAAGUGCGCGCGCAUGAGCAAGGACGCGUUUGAUCGCCUGCUUGGCCCCGUCAUCAACAUUAUCCGCCGCGAGGCUGGCAACUACACCCGCAUCCAGUCCCUGGGCCAGGCCCAUCUGGACCACUAG